AUGCUUACCAAAUUUGUAGCUGCUUCAGAAAAGAGACAUAGUGAUCAUGAUGCAGCAAUUCAAGAAACAAGGACCAUGCUUAGAAACCAGCAAGCAUCUAUCCACAACAUAGAAACGCAGCUAGGGCAACUUGCUCAACCAAUCAACCAAAGAUCAUCGGGCGAACUUCCUAGUAAAACCGAAAAUAACCCACGAGGCGCGCACAUAAAUAUAGUUACAACAAGAAGUGGGAAAACAAUCACUCCUCUGGCCCCUAUUCAGAAUGAACCACCCAAAGCCUCACAGAAGGAGGAAGCAGAAAAUCAAGCAGAAAAUCAAAAUCUUCAAUCUGACAUCUCUACUCGCCAAGUACCAAAUAUGGACUCGGCGAGUACACUGCCAAAUCCAAAGGAACAGGUCCCUGAAAAGCUGGAUCAGCCUCCAAUGCCAUACCCAGCCCGAGCUAAGAAGGAGAAGCAGGAAGAGGAGUACCAGAAUUUUCUAGAUCAUAUCAAGGCUCUUCAAAUCGACAUACCCUUCAUUGAAGUUGUCGUCCAAAUGCCCAAAUAUGCUAAGUUCCUUAAGGAACUUCUCACUAAUCGAAGGAAGAUGGAAGAAGUGAAGAAGGUAGUCCUCAAUGAAAACUGGUCAGCUGCUAUACUAAAUAAGCUACCAAAGAAGAAGGGUGACCCGGGGAGCUUAACUCUACCUUGCCAAUUUGGUAAUUUGGCUACCAUUCAUGCCUUAGCCGAUUCGGGAGCAAGUGUGAACCUAAUGCCAUAUUCAUUCUUUAAGAAGCUGGAUCUCCCGGAAACCAAGGCUAAUUCACAUGAUAUAGAGGCGGAUCCUCAAGUCCCGAUCAUCCUCGGAAGACCCUUCCUUAACACUUUGAGUGCUAUAGUAGACAUGAGGGAUUCAAAGCUUACUUUGUGGGUAGGUGAUGAUUCUGUAACCUUUGAGGUUGAUCAAGCCAUGAAGUAUGCAAGGAACAGUGACGACACGGCGUUCUCAAUUGACAUGCUAGACGAACUAUUGGAGGAGUGCGUAAGUGAAGAUUCCAGCAAGUACACAAUUUUUGAGAAGCUGAAUUUGAAGAAAUAG